GCAGGGACACCAAACAUGGACGUGAAGUAUCUGGUCCAGGAUCGAAGCGCGGCUCUGGUGCUCGGGGUCGGAGCCGCGGCUCUGGGCCUCGGGCUCGGGUACAGGUUCCUGAGACGGACCGAGGAGCUGGUUCGUGUGGGCGUCGUGUCCCAGCUGCUGCUCCACCCGCUGAAGUCCGGCAGAGCGGUGUCUCUGUCCCUCGCCGAGUGUCUCCCGAUCGGGCUGAAGUUCGGACACAUGCAGGACCGACACUGGCUGGUGGUGACAGACGACGGUCACAUGGUGACGGGUCGACAGCAGCCGUCUCUGGUCCUCGUGUCUCUGACCUGCGAGGGGGGGCAGGUUUGUUUGAACGGACCAAACAUGGAGGAGCUGAGGUUCCCGGUCAAACAGCCUGACAACAACAUCACAGACUGCAGAGUGUUUGGCAGUGACAUCCAGGGCCGGGACUGUGGUGUAGAGGCCUCCCGCUGGCUCACUGGAUAUCUGGGGGAGGAGAAGACCUUUCGCCUGGUGCACUUUGAGCCGCAGAUGAAGGCCAGGAGGUCCACGGAGAUCGAGCCUCUUUUCCGACAGUGUGAGCAGGUGGCGUACACAGACGUGGGCCCUGUGAUGCUGCUGUCCGAGGCCUCAGUGAAGGAUCUCAGCAGCAGGCUGGAGAAGGACGUCACGGUCGGCCGCUUCCGCCCGAACAUCGUGAUCAGCGGCUGCGAGGCCUUCGAGGAGGACUCAUGGGAAGAGAUCCAGAUUGGCAGCGUGCGGCUGCAGCGCGUCAUGUCAUGUGGAAGGUGCAUUUUCACCACAGUCGACCCUGAAACUGGAAUAAUCAACAGGAAAGAGCCUCUGGAGACACUGAAAAGCUACCGUCAGUGCGAACCGUCCGAGAAGCACAUCUACAAGUCGGCUCCGCUGUUCGGGCAGCUGCUCAGUGUGAAGAAGACGGGGAUCCUGCAGGUCGGAGAUGUCGUGUACAAGAUACGCCGCUGAGAGAGAGAAAGAGGAAGAGGUAGAGGUAGAGGAAGAGGAAGAGGAAGAGGAGGGGAGCGCGCGGUCGGUCCAGUCACUGCCGAGUCACUGUGUCACCAGGAGAAGAAGCACUUAGGUAAAGAAAGUACCAAUGAUAAGGAGUUUAAAAUAACACCGAUGAUCAAGUAGUGUUUUUAAACUGGGCUGUAGUGUAACAGUAUUAGAACCCGAAAGGAGAAUAUUUUUGCACAUUUAUUAAAUACUGACAUUAUUGCACAUGCUGCCAAUUGUUAGAAAAAUGAAAUUGUCUCUUGCUGAUUAAUUGUGAACUAAACUUUAUCGCCAAAUAAACAGGACUUGUAUCCACAUGGUGAUUUGAUAUUUUUAAAUGAUCAGUUUCUUAGAACCCGUUAUUCUAAAAGUUGUAUAAAGGAUGAUUUGUUUUUUCCGAUCUAUUUGAAGCAAAUAAAGUGAUUUUUAAAAUGAA